GUAGCUCGAAUGUGGGAGGGCAGGGCGGGCGAUCGGGGGCGGCCGCUUCCGUCUCUCUGCCUCUGGGCUGCCCCCGGUGCUGGGGAGGCGAGCGGUGCUGGGAGUCGGGACGAUGCGCGGACGUAGGAGGGGAGCGCGGCUAGAAGAUCUCUUUUUACACUUGGGAGUUUGGAAGGAGCCCUGACCGUUGCCAAGCCUGGACUUUGCCCUUGUUUUAUGGGAGACAUGUUCUAAAUUGCACUUGUACCUGAAUCCAGCAUUCUGACGUUGCAUGUGAUGGCCCACUCCAGGUCCAGCGGUUCACACUAUGCCUUGACAGCAAUUGGGCUUGGAAUGCUUGUUCUCGGAGUGAUUAUGGCUGUCUGGAACUUGGUCCCGGGCUUUAGUCAAAACAGUAAUACAUCCACAGGAAACAGUAGUAAGACCCAUCCCGAGAGAGCAAACCUGAAAAGCAAGACUUUUUCCGUGGCUUACGUGCUAAUUGGAGCAGGGGUAUUGCUCUUAAUGUUUUCAGUUUGUUUGAGCAUCCGAGACCGAAGGAGGGAAAGGCAAAACGAAUGUGUCUCUAGGAUCCGUCGGGAAACCUCGGUUGAGCAUCAACAGCAGGAAGACAGUCAAGAUGAAGAUGUGGAAACACCUUCCCGCUAUUACGUGCCCAGCUACGAGGAGGUCAUGAGCACAGACUAUCCAGAUCUGAGAGAAGUGGACCGGAGCACACGAAUCAGCGUAUCGCUUCCCUCCUACGAGUCCUUAACUGGGAUAGAUGAAACCACACCGACCCGGCCUGCUGCUGCGGCCGAAGCAGGGCCUAAUGCAGAACGCCAGCCGAGCAGACGGAGUUCACGCCUGAGCAAAAGACUCAAACCCUUGAAAAUCCGGAGAAUCAAGUCGGAGAAGCUCCACCUUAAAGAUAUCCAUAUAAAAGUGUCCGAUGCAAAUAGUUCGGGUCGUGUAACAAUAGAGCCUUUGACCCCACCUCCACAGUACGAAGACGUUCCCCAUAAACUCCCAGACAGUAGGGACGAGACCUAAGUCAACCCAGUGGACUGGUUUAAAUAUGUGUAAAACACUAUUAUAUACUUGAUUCUGGAAGGUGGCAGCAAGAUUGCCAAGGCUUCUCAAAAGAGCCAUCCUGUAUUGUGCCCUCAUUUCCUACAGAGACUGAGGCCUGUUUCUCACUAUGAUAGUAAGACUGUCCAGGUCAUAUUUCUUCAGAGUGUUUAAAAUGAUUUAAUAUUCCCACAGAAGUGUAUCAGGGUGAAGUUUUCUAUAACCCAGCUCCAAAGAGCUGCCUUAACCACACGCAAAGCCUUGGGCAUGUCUUGUGGAAUUCUUGCCUUUUCUCCCCACUUUUGAACUGCGUUCCACCUCCACUCCCCAUAUUAUAUUUCAGACAGUUUAUAGGAGUUGCAUAUCUUGGCAAAGAGCUGUCAUCUGGCAGGUUACAAAUCUCAUCUCAGUCAUGAAUUUGCCAACCAGGUGACCCUUUGGCAAGCUAGUGCCUCCCUCCCAAGUCUGUUUGAGUUAUGAGGAUAAUGGCACUGGUCUACCUUACAGGGCUGUGGUAAGGAUAACUGUGAUGAUUUAUAUAAAAUGUUUUGAAUGCUGCGAGGCGAUUGAGACCUCUCUUAGUAUGCCCAAGAAUAUUUUGUUAUAGGGGUCUUAAUGUGAAAUGGUACAGCCCAAAUUCAUGUUUAUUUCCUCAAUGAGAACUAGAAUUCCUGCUGAAUUCUGCCACAGCCUGUGUGAUUAAAUUCAGGACAGCACUUAGUGUGUGUUUUUGAUAGAAUGUGAGCUUCAAGAAUCUUUUUCUCUAUAUAUAUUUUUCUAAGAUAUGACACAUUUUUGUAUGCCUCUUGGGUAAAAAUCUUUAAAAAAAACUAGCACUCCAGAUUUGUCAUGUUUGUCCAAGUAACUUCUUUGGUUUGUUUUUUUUCCCUGUUCACUAAGUGAGGUUAUCCAGGGUUCUUCAUUGUAGUUUGAAGUGGCUUUGAGAAUGAAUGUGUAAAAGUCUUUCACUUCCACCACUGUGAAGCACAGCAUUACGGAGUGAAACGGAAAAGAAAUCCAUAACUGACUUCAUCACCGCUUUGGCUGAAAUCCUGUGCACUCUUAUUGGAAAGUAAAACUCAUUAAACUCAACAGGACUGACUUCCAAGUAAAUGUGCAUAGAAUCAGUACUGCGCUAAAGAAGCAAGCCUUGCUCAUAGACUCAGACAAAGAUUGGGGGGAGGUUCAUAUGGAUGGGACCAUUUGUUUUAAUACACAAUCUCAUGACUUCUGCAGCUGCUGCCCUGUAACACAGGGAAAAUAAAAAUUUCAAGAAUGCAAUAUUGAAGUUAGA